AAAGCAGCGCAGCCAGAUUCCCACAGCUGAUCAACCUGUCUGCUUACAGUAUUUAGCUGAAACGCACCAUUCGAGCAUCAUCCGACAUGGGGGAUCCUUAUAAAUACCCCGUGUUCUUCGACUGUGCCGAUAUGAACAAAGAGCGACGGAGGAGGAUAGAAUCAUAUUUCCACAUUCGGCGGAAAUCAGGCGGAGGAGAGUGCGGCUCGGUGACGGACGGGGGUGGCAAAGUUUACAGCGUGGCUUUUAAAGAGGAAGAAGUUCAGAAGAGAGUUCUGCAAAAAACCAAGCAUGUGCUGGAGUGUGCGGGUGAUACACUCGUUCUGAUUUUAAGAGCAGACCCAGGUCCCUGCGGUUCCUCGGACAGCCCUUCCCUGACUCCAGGCCAGUCGGCUACCGCCAACCCUGACUCAACAACCUUCUCACAGCAGCAGAACCAGCAGUCCGUUGUUCAAUCAAGUCUGCCUGAAGAAUAUGAACUGCAACUCGACCCUUAUCUCCUCCGUUACCUGAGAGAGUGCCCAAAGGCUCAGAAAGACCUGGAGACAAAGCUGGCUGGGAUGUCCUGCUCCUCUGAGCUUCAUUCGAGUGACGAGACGGUAUUAGUCAAGCGACCGGCCCAGUCUGGUGCUGGGGCUGAUAACUGGAGAACUGAAGUGGACACACUUUUUGACUGUUACAUCUGCCACUAUGAGUUGGAUCCUCACAAAAUCAAAGCUUUGCUGAAAUCCUGUGCUCCACACCAGACCGCAGACGAAGUGAAGCUGUACAGUGAGGCUGGGAUGGCUGUUGUUGUCGGGGAACGCCUUCAGGUCAGCCGCAGGUUAACAGACAUAGUGAGUUCAUAUGUUAAACACCCAAGAGCGAGUUUGGGUGAGUGUCAGACCACUGUUCGUCGAAUUGGGGAGGCCAAACUUCGGCUGCUCUGGAAAGAGCUCAAGCAAAAUUUAAAAGAAACAUUUCCAGGGUUGAACGUCUCGCUGGGAGAAGCAGGUCAGUUGCUUCUGGCCGGGUCUGUGGAGGAGAUUCUCAAAGCUGGUGAGCUGAUCUCUGAUGAGGAAAGGCUGGUGUUAGAGAGGACUGUUUCUGACAAGAGUCCCCAUUUUUUGGCUUUUUUAAGUGAGGUUUAUGGAGGUCCAGGGAUGCUCAGUGAUUAUUUAGGACUUGGAGGCAAGGUGGAAGUAGAGUUACGAGACAUAAAACUAAAUUUCUUCGCCCUCUGUGGCAAAGAACUCGAUGACUCAGUAAAAAGAAUGCAGGAAAAAUUCAAAGAUGUCCACUUUGAUGUCCCUAACUUCUCCGUUGUGCCGCCUGAGCUUUGUGAAAAGCUUAAGACCAAAAUCAAAGAGAUGAACCAAAAAGAAUGCAGGGCUAAGAUCGCAUUCGGUCCCAACAGGACAGUGUAUUUAGUUGGCCAUACAAGAGAAGUUGAAGAGCUGACUGAAACUGUCUCCGAUUUUAUUCUGGAUCAUUCAAGCACAGAAGGAACAGUCCUCCUCCCUUUCCCAGAGUUAGUUCAGUUCCUACCAGAACUGCUGGAAUUACAUAAGUUUGACUAUUCAGGAGUUAGCUUCUAUCCCCUAGCAUCCUCAGCUACACCCAAGGCAAUUCUUGAAGGUCCAUCCUGCAUAGUGACUGAGGUCAGGAACAGGCUGGGGCCAUUUCUGGACUCCCUAGUGCAAGACACAAUCACCAUCAACUUGCCAGGGGCAGUGAGAUAUUUUGAAAGUAUCUCUGGAAGAGACAACCUUCUACGAGUUGCUCAUUCUCACCGCUGUCUCAUACAUCUUGAAAAUCAGCAUUCCAUCAGUAGGCAGCAUUUGGGAGUUGUCAAAUACAACCUUCAGAAUGGCCUCCAGGUGCUGGUGUGUCAGGGUGACAUUACUAAACAGUACGCUGAUGCCCUAGUGAAUGCUGCCAAUGAAAAUUUAGACCACGGUGGUGGUGUCGCUGCUGCAUUGAGUAAAGCAGGAGGCCCUGAGGUGCAGAAGGAAUCCAAAGACAUUGUCAAGCAGAAUGGUAAAAUCCCUACAGGUGAUGUGGUGGUGACCACAGGGGGGAACCUUAAAUGCAAGAAACUGCUGCAUGCCGUUGGCCCUCUCGGUGGAAGGUCAGGUGGCAGAGAAGGAGUCUUAUUGGAGAAAACCAUCAAGAAUGCGCUGACUUUAGCAGAAACGAUGGAGUUCAAGUCCAUCGCCUUGCCGUGUGUCAGCUCCGGUUUGUUUGGCGUUCCUGUUGCAGUCUGCUCAGAGGCCAUUGUGACUGCGAUUAAGGAGUUUGGGAGCAGGGGUGGUCGAAGUCUGAGCAGAAUCAUUCUGAUAGACAACAGAGCUGAUGUGGUGAAGGCCAUGCAGGAGGCAUGUGACAGGCUCCUUCAGGGCACUGGUGCCAGAAACAGCAGUGAUGUGGACUUCCAGAUGGGCGCUACCGGCCAAGGAGCAGCAGCUGCUGCCGCUGGUGGAGGCAGAGUCAAGGUUGAGAUUGUUCAGGGAACCAUCGAGACACAGCAGGUGGAUGCCCUUGUAUCUCCUAUGGUUGGCCAUGAUCCUCUUUCUACCCGCGUUGGAAAUAUCUUGAACGACAUGGUUGGACGACAGCUGACUGCAGCAUUUAAUAAGGAAGCAGGAGGAGCCACGUUACCUGGAGACACAGUUGUGAUGAAGAGCUUGCAUCCUCUUAAAUGUAAAGCAGUCAUCUUCCUUAACCAAGUCUCCUGGGAUAAUAACCAAAAUGGAUCUGCAGUCCAGGCGCUGAGGCAGGGAAUCCAAAAAAUUCUGGCUGCCUGCACUGUCAGAGGCUUCACUUCAGUUGCUCUUCCUGUGCUUGGAACCGGCGCCGUGCUGCGUUUCCCUCAUCGCAUGGCAUCCAAGGUUCUUAUGGAGGAGGUUGGUGAGUUUGAGAAGAACCGAGCCGGCAGAUCCCCCUUACUGGUCCGUAUUGUCGUUCAUCCCAAAGACAAAGAGUCUAGCAAGGCCUUUCAAUCCAUCCAGGAGGUUCUGCACCUCAAAGGCUUCACAAAUGAUGUCAAUCCAGACCAAGCUACGUUUUACCGUCAAGUCUCAGUGGCUCAUGAUGAGGUCACGGCCAUGCUGGGUGGAGUCCAGCUUCAGAUGAUUCUUGGCAACAUCAUAAAUGCUGGCACUGAUGUCAUUGUCAACACUACGAACUUCACUAACCACCAGGCUGGUGUUUCCAAAGCUAUUCUGACAGCAGCAGGCCCCACCGUCUCAGCAGAGUUAGCAAAAGUGGGGAUCCCACCAGACUAUAUCUGUUCCACAAGACCUGGGUCGCUUGCUUGUAAGGAAAUCAUCCAUGCAAAUUUUGGCACAGAUCCUCAGUUGAUUCGCAAGAACUGCAAGAACAUACUGAAGCUUUGUGAGAAGAAAGGACACGUCUCUGUGGCCUUUCCAGCCGUCAGUACCGGCGAGGGCUCCGUGGAUGCUGCUGAAGCUUGUAAAGCCAUGCUGGACGGCAUGACCGGAGCCAUCACAGACUUGAAACCAAAAUCCGUCUCGCUCAUCCGCAUCGUCAUCCUGCUGCAGCCAGUCUUCCAGGCCUUCAGAUCAGAGCUGAUGAAUCGCUUUGGACAAAUUGCUUCAAGCCACCUCAGCCUGAAAGAAAAAGCUAAAGUACAGCUCAAGAAGUUCCAAGCAAAAUGCUCAAGACCUUUUGGAUCUUCAUCACCACAGAGCCAAAGCUUCACCCCCCCAAAGCCCCAGCCAGUAGUAUUGCGUGUUAUCAGCUGUGCUCCAGACGUCAUCAGGACUGUCAAAAGAGAUUUGGAAGGGAUCUUGCAGAAGGAGCUGUUAGAGAGACUGGUGGAUGUGGAUCAUUUCCUGAAACUUGAUGCCAUGGAGUCUGAUGCCGUGCUUGGAAAAGUUAGUGUGUCAGGUAUAAGCCUAGAGCUCAAGAGAUGUCUUCCUGAGACAGCGGAUGGUAGCAGAGCCGGAGACGCAGGUAGAUCUGAGGCAAGAAAUCGGUCCGAAGCAGGAGAUGAGUUCUAUGUACUGAAAGGCCUAAAAGAAGAUGUUCUGAGUGUCAUUGAGCUGAUAAAUAAAGCGGUCCAGAAGGCACUCUGUGAAGACCUCCGAGACAAGGAGGAAGCAACGAUGGCCCUUCACAUCCAGUGGUCCAUGAAGGAAGGAAACACAGACUGGCAGGAGGUGAGUCUGCAUGAGAACUACGUGCUGGAGCAAGCUCACCUGCAAAGACAAGUGUCUGUUGACAUAUCAGCAUCAGACGGCAAGAGGCUGAAAGUUAACCUGACAACUAAAGAAGCCACAGAUUGGCAGAAUGGCAACGUUUACAAGCUAAAGCGGAGUGAGUCCGAAGCAGACUGGCAGUUGCCAAAACAUUGGGAACCUAUGCAAGAAGAAUACUUCAAGAAGGUAGAGUUACAGCCCAACUCAAACGAGUACCAAGAAGUGGCUAAAGGUUUCAACAAAACAGCUAAAUACAACAUUCACAAAAUUGAGCGUGUGCAAAAUUCCUACCUGUGGUAUGCCUAUAGUGUUUGUAGGCAGCGUAUACUCACUAAGAACGGCUCCCAAGAUCUCGGUGAGAUGUGGCUCUACCAUGGCACGUCAGCAGAAUCAUGCAACUGCAUUGAAAGAGACAGAUUUGACAGAAGUUACGCAGGAAAACACGCUGCCUUGUUUGGAAAGGGGGUUUACUUUGCAGUCAAUGCAAAUUACUCAGCCACUCGCUAUUCCCCACCAGACACGUCAGGCCUGAAGCGCCUGUAUGUUUCCCAUGUCAUUACCGGCCGUUACACAGUUGGUAACUCUACCAUGGUAGGCCCCCCUCGUCGAGGUUCCGACUCCACUGAUUGCUUCGACAGUUUAGUGGACAACCUGCAACAGCCCUCCAUGUUUGUGAUCUUCCACGAUGACCAGGCUUACCCGGAAUAUCUCAUCACCUUCAAAUGAGAAGGAGGAAGAGAAGUAAAGCAGCAUAGUGGCAUCACAAGCGUCCAAGGAUGCCAAAACUGCAAAUAGACAAUAAUCCAGCGAAUACUGUAUAAUACGUACAAAAAAGUGGCUUACCUUCAUGAACUACAGUCUAGGGAGUGCUCAAGAGAGCUAUAACUGUAAAGUUUGGAUAAGGGUAGUUUUUACCUUUU